CUACUCCGUUCAUCUGUGGGCACCGUUUAGAGGUUUGGGAGUUGGAAAUACCGGGAGUGAAAAGUGCCACGAAAUUCCCCGGAAAGUGUCGACCCGCGGUCCAAGAACGUUUGUGCUGUGCAGUGACAGUGUCAGGGUGUUGGGUCACCGCCAUUGAGAGGCUAAGCGAAAAGGAUUUUUCGCCUCUCGCGGCUAAUCGCUAAGGACCCCAGCAACUACCCGCCGUCUUUACUGUGGGGGCUCAGCCAAUAGAGUCCCUCGCCCCCAUAGUUAAACGUCAAGAAUGACGAAGCUAGGUGAUACAAAGGGGCGUACCACCUAAGGGAAGAAAUUGCGAUUUCUGUCGGUACUAUCCACGGCGAGUGGGUAGUACGGUGAAUAACACCAGCGUCGCUAGGGGGGUCCGACAAAGGAGUUUAUCUCCUCCCCCUAGCUAAAAGUCAAGGACCGUCGCUUCGGCGGCGAAUCAGGCCAACCCGAAGGAAGCAGAAGAACAAGAAGAAGUCCAGUGAGUGAAGAAAGAAGUGGAUGAAGGAGCCCUGCAUCUCGUGCUGGAGUCGUGCAGCGACGAACGCCACCACCGUACAUCACUACCAGCAGCAAGGGCCCAACAUGUGUCAUCGAGCGUCGACCAAGGACGUAGCAAGGGAGGAGAUUCAGGUCAGACGUAGAAUAGAAGUUUUAAAUUGAAAUAUUUAUUUCCUUUUCCCGAAUUUCACCCAUCCGAAAUCCUAAGUUUAGUGGAAGUACCCUGCUCCGAGUCGCCCUGCCGGGCUAUAGCAGACAGUAGGUUAGUGUGUUUGCUCCCGCAUCGUAUCGUGUCUCUAUUUCAUCACAUGGCGAAGUCAUUCACACUAUACCCGCAGCGGAGCCCGUCAGCACUAUUUAGAACACAAAGUGCCAUCCACCGAAUCGCAAGCAAACGUUGUUCAUCAUGGCCGAGUACGACGCUGACGAGCUACAGGCGCCCGCAUGGUUGAACGAUCAAUUUUUCGAAAAUGCUGUGCGAAGUUUUGCCAACGAUCCAUCGAUCGAGAUCGUUGGUGGUUGCGAGCUGCGACCUGCAACCAAAGGUGGAGACCAUUACGCCAGUAUUAUGUUCCGUACAACCGUGCGGUAUCGUUCCGGUCGUCGCAGUCAAUCCGAAGAGCAAACAUUGGAUCUGGUGAUUAAGGCCUUACCAACUGCGGACGGUUUCAAGCGGGAUCUCACCAAAGACAGCGGGCUGUUUGAGACAGAAAUCAAAAUGUAUAGUGAGGUGCUACCGGCUAUGACGAAGCUGUUAAAAGACAUUGGCGAACAUCUGGAAGUUCCGAGACUGAUAUAUGCUGCAAGCGAUCCGAAUGCUGUGAUAGUACUUGAAGAUAUUUCACCCCACGGUUGGCUGACUGGACGUGAAUGCAUUAAAAGUUUUGAUGAGGCUCUUUACACUGUGAGAAACAUAGCAAUGCUUCACGCAUCAUCCUUGUAUCUUCAUGAAACGACCAUGAACCUGUCAAGUUUCAAUGCCAGCAAUUUCAUAACCACCGGACCUGUCUUGGCCAUCUUCAGCAGAGGGUUUGACGAUCUGCGCAGAGGGAUCGAGAAGUGGCCUGGAUGUGAACUGUACGUCCAAAAGCUGAAGAAACUUCACGAAACCUUUCAGGAACGGUGGCAACGAGUGUAUGCAGUGAACUCUCCAUCAUCAUCAUCGGGAGGCUACAACGUGCUCAAUCAUGCCGACUUUCAGUGGAAAAAUUUGAUGCACAAGAAGGACUCGGAAGGCCGUAUCGUUGAUUCCAUGCUGAUCGACUACCAGUGCUGCCAUUGGGGAUCACCAGCCCUCGACGUGUUAUCGCUGAUCGAUCUCAUCGUGGAUAAGGAUACGAAGAUGACUCGUCGGGAUGAAAUCAUCUACCAGUACUACCAACAGUUUGCGUUGGUUCUAAGGAAGGCUGGAUUCCAAGGCAAAAUUCCAAGUCUAGUUGAUUUGCAGGUAGAACUGCUGCGGAAAGGAUUCCAUGAACUCGUGCAAGCAUCGGUGGAAUCAUUCAAGUACGUUGAGCUGACAGAAUCUACUUUCGAUGAGUUCAACGCUGGAGAGAUGGGCAUUCAUUCGUGCUUCCAGGACAAAGAAUUUCAGCGUGUUAUUUGUGCUGAGCUAGAAUCGUUGCUGCAUCGAGGAUUGUUGGAUGAAUAAAUGUCGAAAUGUUUACAGUAUCAAAAAACGGA